AUGGCCUCCCUAAGGUUAUUGGCUGCAGGUGCUAGUGCAGUAGGAGCUGGAGUCCUUUCUUCUUAUUAUCUGACAUCGGAUUCCCCUGUAUUAGCAGAGAAAGUACACAAACCAAUAAAACGACAGCUGCCUACACGUGAAGAUCAAGUAAAAACGCUGAAAACUCAAGACGAAUACGAUGUCCUAAUUAUCGGUGGUGGUGCUACUGGAGCAGGAUGUGCUUUGGACGCUUGCACAAGAGGUUUAAAGACUGCUUUGAUAGAGGGUGACGAUUUUGCAUCGGGUACAUCUUCAAGAAGCACAAAAUUGAUCCACGGUGGUGUACGAUAUUUACAAAAAGCUAUCAUGCAGGCGGAUGUUGAGCAGUAUAAAAUGGUUAAAGAAGCUCUUCAUGAGCGAGCUCAAAUGCUUCAUAGUGCUCCACACUUGGCACACCCAUUACCUAUUAUGUUACCUGUUUACACGUGGUGGCAAAUCCCUUACUACUGGUUUGGUAUUAAGAUGUACGAUCUUGUAGCUGGCAGUAAAACUGUUAAAUCUUCAUACUAUUUAAGUAAAUCAAACGCACUCGAAUUAUUCCCGAUGUUAAAAGGAGACAAACUUACUGGAGCUAUCGUUUAUUACGACGGUCAACAAGACGAUGCUAGGAUGAAUCUCGCAGUGGCCUUGACAGCUUCACGUUUAGGUGCAACGGUAGUAAAUCACGUGAAGGUUUUAAAUUUACUAAAGGGAUUGGACAAGGAUGGUAAACGCGUGCUCGUUGGUGCUCGUGUUAGAGACGAAAUGACCGGUGAAGAGUGGGAUGUUAAAGCUAAGGCUAUUAUUAACGCUACUGGACCAUUCACUGAUUCUAUAAGAAAAAUGGAUGACCAAUCAGUACCAGAAAUUUGCUGUCCAUCCUCUGGUGUUCACAUUGUACUUCCUGGAUACUACAGCCCCGAUCAAAUGGGUCUAUUAGAUCCAGCUACAAGUGAUGGCCGUGUUAUCUUCUUCCUGCCUUGGCAGAAGCAAACCAUUGCUGGUACCACAGACUUACCUUGCCAGGUAACUCACAACCCGAAGCCAACUGAAGAUGAGAUUAUGUUUAUCUUGCAAGAAGUUAAGAACUACCUUAAUCCUGACGUUGAAGUCCGUCGUGGUGACGUAUUGUCAGCAUGGAGUGGCAUCAGACCAUUGGUAUCUGACCCAAAUAAACCAAACACUCAAUCUCUCGCUCGUAAUCACAUUGUCCACGUAAGCCCGACAAAUCUUAUUACUAUUGCCGGAGGAAAGUGGACAACUUACCGGGCAAUGGCUCAAGAAGCUGUUGAUGCAGCUAUCGAUGCUUGUCAAUUGGAGCCAACUGCUGAAUGUCAAACUGAUGGAAUGCUUUUGGAGGGUGCUCACGGAUGGAGUCCUACUAUGUACAUCCGAUUGGUACAGGACUUUGGAUUAGAGUGUGAAGUAGCACAACACUUGGCUAAAAGUUACGGUGACAGAGCUUUCCCGGUCGCUAAAAUGGCAUCACUUACCGGAAAACGUUGGCCUAUUAUUGGUAAAAAAAUUCAUCCAGAGUUCCCUUACAUUGACGCUGAGAUCCGAUAUGGUUGUCGGGAAUAUGCAAGAACCGCAAUUGAUAUGAUUGCCCGACGACUACGGCUCGCUUUCCUCAAUGUACAAGCUGCACAGGAAGCUCUCCCUGGUAUCAUUGAUAUUAUGGCUGAAGAAUUGAAAUGGUCAGCGGAUGAAAAGAAAAAGCAACAGCAACAAGCUAGUGACUUUUUAGCUAACGAAAUGGGACAAAUGGUGAAUCGGGCGUCGCGUGACAAAAUUCCAAUCAACCUCACCAAGGAUGAAAUUCAAUUGUACAUCAAACGAUUCCAAAUUAUCGACAAAGAUCGCAAAGGAUACGUAUCAAUUAAUGACAUUCGCCGAGGACUUAAGGCUCUUGGAAUAGUUCUACAUCAAGACGAGAUGCAUUUGUUACUCAGUGAAAUAGAUCUCAGUUAUAAUGGGCAAAUGGAGCUGCAAGAUUAUUUACAGCUAUUUGGCGACAAGGACGUUCCCGGCGAAGAGCUCCACGAAAUACUUCGCGAAAUCGACACUAAUAUGAACGGUCAAGUCGAGCUGGACGAAUAUCUUCAGAUGAUGUCAGCAAUUAAAUCCGGACACGUUGCCUACUCACGAUUCGCGCGAAUGGCAGAAAUGGAAGAAGCGCAACACGAGAAAGACGUAUUAAAGAAGAAAAUAAGUGUUGAGAGAUCAGGAGGAGGUCUAUGA